CCUAAAGCCGAAUGUCUGCUUGCAUUUUUCAAAACUGGUAUUAAAAUGCGAUAGACUUUUAUUUCUGUUUAUUUUUAUUUGUCAGUUCAGGUAAAAACGAAACAAAAACAAAGGAACGUUUCUGACUCGUGUUUCACUUCAAUUGUGCAACAAAAUGCAGACACGUUUCCACUUUUAUUUUUAAUGUAAUGUUUAUGGGUUGGAUUUGGAUUUUUAAAAUAUUUUUGGGGGGAUUAGAGCUGUCAGUGUGUAAGGCAAGAACAAACAAAUCAAAUCAAAUCAAAUUAAAAGAGUUGUUCUCGGCAUCUACCAGACUGUUUGUAAUUGAAUUAAACACAGGCUGCAGGAAUGGUUCUCCUGCAUGCGUCUCCAUAAAGCUCCUCCCAUAACGCUGACAGUAACUGUGUGUGUGUGUGUGUGUGACUGGAUCUUAUAAGAGCCGCGCAAGUCCAGCCCAUAGUCUGAUCUGAAAGUCUGUAGGUGAGGAGACGGUUUCACCUCCUUCCAUCACUGCUACUGGAGGGAGGCGCGCGCGCGCAUGUGUGUGUGAGUGAGAGUGUGUGAGCGCACAGACAGACACGAACAGGGCGCCGCUGCUGGUGGUUUGUUGUGAUUUUUUCCCUCUCUGGACCCUUGAAACUCCUUUUUUUAAAUUAGUAUUAUACUUAUUAUAAUUUAUUGCAACAUCUAAUAACAAUGCAGUUAGAGAACAUCCUUCCCAGCGCGAGCAUCAAUCUACCCAAAACCUUUUACAACCUCUCGUCGUCGGACAGUGUGAACAACAGCCCGAGGCCGGCAUCGUCGCAGCUUGACUAUCAAGAGGUCGAGCGCACGGAAUCUGAGUCGAGCAGCGCUCCGAAGAAAUUCCUGAGCGCAGUGGGGAACGGGAUGCUGGGGGAGGCGGGGGACACUUUCACUAAAGCCGGGCCCGAUGGGAGGAAAGGCUCCCCGGUGCUCGGUGAGGACGAGUUAACAAGCGGUCGGCGCUACAACAUAGACGAACUUGGCUCUGACAGAUACUUCAUCUCGUCGUCCCAGGCGAGUACCGACAUGGCGAGUCCCUGUUCCCUCUUUCCCUAUGCAGGACAGAGCGGCUCCGUGUACACAGGCUCCAGCAGCUCCAGAUACCCGGCUUCUCUUCACUACGGAUCCGUCCUGCCGCCCACAGGCUUCUCCUCCUCGUCAGUGUGCGCCGGCCGGAGCCAGUUUAGCAGCGGAGGUUACCAGUUCAGCCAGGGUCCCGGCUGCUUGUACCCCUCCUAUCCUGGGACGGGGACCGGCAUCGGCUCCAUGUCUCUGCCGGGGUCUGCCGCCGGAGCCAGGGCGCAGGUGUACCUGUGCAACCGGCCUCUGUGGCUCAAGUUCCACCGGCACCAGACCGAGAUGAUCAUCACCAAACAGGGCAGACGGAUGUUUCCAUUCCUCAGUUUCAACAUCACUGGACUGAACCUCACGGCACAUUACAACGUCUUUGUAGAAGUCAUUUUGGCUGAUCCGAAUCACUGGCGCUUUCAGGGAGGAAAGUGGGUCACCUGUGGGAAAGCAGACAAUAAUAUGCAAGGCAACAAGAUGUACGUUCACCCUGAAUCCCCAAACACCGGUGCUCACUGGAUGAGGCAAGAAAUCUCUUUUGGCAAGUUGAAGCUGACCAACAACAAAGGAGCAAACAACAACAACACACAGAUGAUAGUCUUGCAGUCACUUCACAAGUACCAACCGCGACUGCACAUCGUGGAGGUGACGGAGGACGGAGUGGAGGACAUGAGCAAUGAGGCCAGAACUCAAACCUUCACCUUCCCAGAGAACCAGUUUAUAGCCGUCACUGCUUACCAGAACACAGACAUCACACAGCUGAAGAUAGAUCACAACCCAUUUGCAAAAGGCUUCCGGGACAAUUAUGACUCGAUGUACACAGCCCCAGAGAGUGACAGGUUGACUCCAUCCCCUACAGAUUCUCCUCGUUCCACCCAAAUUGUGCCUGGGGCCCGCUAUGCCAUGCAGCCUUUCUUUCAGGACCAGUUUGUCAACAACCUGCCUCAGAACCGCUUCUACACGGGCGAACGGGCCGUUCCUCAAACCAACAGCCUCCUCUCCCCACAGAGUGAGGACGCCAGCGCCGCCGCCUCAGCCCAACGCUGGUUCGUGCCCCCCGUCCAGCAGCCAGGCUCCAACAAGCUGGAUCUGUCCUAUGACAAUGACUAUUCCACCAGUAGCCUACUGUCCUACGGCAUAAAGCCCCUGUCCCUGCAGACGUCCCACGCCCUCAGUUACUACCCAGACUCGGCCUUCGCCUCCAUGGCUGCUGGUUGGGGCACGAGAAGCACUUACCAGCGGAAGAUGACCACAGGUUUGCCCUGGUCCCCUCGUCCGAGCCCCCCAGCCUUCCCCGAGGACCAGCUGGGGGCCACUAAAGACAAGCUGCCCGACGAGAGCGCACCGACGGCUUCGACCUGGAUCGAGACAUCCCAGUCGCUGAAAUCAGUGGACUCUAGUGAUUCUGGUGUUUACUCCAUGGUCUGCAAGAGGCGCAGGAUGUCUCCUGGGGGCUCAAGCACAGAAAACUCCCCGACCAUCAAGUGUGAGGACUUGACUACGGAGGAGUACAAGGACAACCCAAAAGGCAUGGGUUAUUAUGCAUUCUACACAAGCCCCUAAGACUGUAUUUAUUGAAACGAUAUAUAACUCUUUUAUUUACCGAGUGCUCUCAUGCCUUGUUAAUGUCUUUUUUCUCUUUUCUCUAAAGGUGCCAAAGCUUAGUGUUCCCCCCCAAGCAAGCUGCACAAGGUUAUUUUCCCAGGCCAGUCCCUCUCACAUACCUGAACAUGCAUAGUGAUCGUUGUUUUUGAAAAAAAAAAAGCAUGUCCCUUUUUAUUGAUUUAUUUUUACAAUUUAUUUUUUUUCCCACAAAUGUGAUUUUUAUUUUUUAUUUUUUCUCUCUCUCUCUCUCGCUGCGUAUUUAAGUCAUUUUCGUUGUACAGUAUUCGUGCACUUUAGAAAUGUGAUGUAUCUUGUACAAAUUGUCUUCAUGGAGGUGGUAUUAAAUGGAUAAUAAAACGGCUUUUCAUGAAGCAUUGUCCAAA